AGUCCUCGGUGAAGGUGGUUGCUCUUUGUGCUGGCUCAGGAGCAAGUAUUUUACAAGGCACAGAAAGUGAUCUCUAUGUUACUGGAGAGAUGUCCCACCAUGAAGUACUCGAUGCUGUUUCCAGAGGGAUCUCUGUGAUUUUGUGCGAGCACAGUAACACUGAACGAGGCUUUCUGUUAAAACUGAAAGAAAUGCUCGCUGUGCAUUUUAUGGAUAAGAUCAAUAUCAUCAUUUCUGAGAGAGAUAGAGACCCCCUUCAAGUCGCGUAAAAGAAACAAGCGUUGAGAAAUAAUGUAAGUGUAUAUCCUUUAGAGACUUAAUAAAAAUAUUGGCAAAAAUAUGCUUUGAUUCCUAAAAUGUUAGCAAUAAUAAAAUGUUAGCGAAAUGAGUAAAUGGCUGUUUGAAAAAAAGGAAAAUUUAUUUUACAAUAAAUUAUUCUACAAAAUGUAUUGUAGCAGAGAAAAGUACACUUGAAUGCUUAGAUUUUUAUUUUACAUUUUGAAAGUAGCAAGUUGGAGGAAAGCUAAGUACAGUUUCCAAUUAGCAGUAUUCGCUCACUGAAUAUUCUUUAUCCGUUCAUAUUUAGUUUGCCUCGUUUUACUUGCUCCAACACACUAUCCUUGUCCUCUUUUCCUUCUCUGUGGUCAAUUUUGUUGGUUACUUCAUCCUGGGUACUUCUUGGGCAAAUCAAUAUUUGUUACCCUAAUUUCUAAUUGUACUUUCUGUAUAAUGAUACUCAUUUUUUAUCACCAGAUUUGAACCCAUUUGUCAUCAAUUAACAUCAAUCAAACAUUUUCCUAUAUAAUCUAUAUCAAUAUAACAUAAACCUCUGAAGCCAAGUUUACUUCAGGAGUGAUAUGGGAAAAGAGAUAUUCUGGAAGAGUCUAGAAACAGUUUGUUUUCAGUUAAAGCUCUCUCAGUAUUUAAAAAAAUAGUCUCUAAGACAAAGAAAUAGUUAUAUGGCAUAAAAGAACCAUACAAAAGGACACAAUUGCAUGUUUAUUUUUAUUCAGACAGCUUUUAAACAGUCAUUAGGUAAAAAACAAGUUAAAUAAGCAUAUUUGCAAUUGUUGUUGACAAAAACACAGCUGUCAUCAUAUUUAAAAUGGCUUAUAUGGGGGGAUCCUUUGUUCCCAAUUAAGGCUAAAUUUUUAAUAAACAAUGAUAUCCACA